UUCAAGCACCAGGCGGCUGGCAGGCAGGCAUCACUCAUUCCAUUCAAGCACCAAAACGAACUACUCCAUCCACCUCUACAAGCGCACCACGUGGCAACUUCCUAAACGGACACCCGAACUUACCGUUUUGGGAAACCCGUAAAACUCGCACCGUUUGUACGCUCGUUGCUUGAUCUCCAACUGAAGCAUCGCAUCUCAUCGCUGUACACAUACAUAAAUUCACAAACACUAGCAAACUGUGCUCUUGUGAUCUAAACCCUCUCUCUCUGUUUCGAUAAUUCAGAUCCGUGCGAGUAUAAGAGAAAAAUGGGAAGGAGAUCAAUGGGGUUCUUGGCGGAUCCAGCCGAUGCUGAAAUGAUCGACUCGGAUAUCAACGAGCUGAAGAUCGCGGCCAAGCGACUGAUUAGCCACGCCACCAAGCUCGGUGGGCUAGGGUUCGGCACUUCCUUCCUCAAAUGGGUCGCCUCCUUUGCUGCUAUUUACUUGUUGAUAUUGGAUCGUACAAACUGGAAAACCAAUAUUCUGACUUCACUUCUAGUCCCUUAUAUUUUCUUCAGCCUUCCUUCGGUGUUGUUCAAUUUCUUAAGAGGAGAGGUUGGGAAAUGGAUUGCUUUCAUUGCAGUUGUGCUAAGGCUUUUCUUCCCUCGCCAUUUCCCAGAUUGGCUGGAGAUGCCUGGGUCGUUGAUUCUUCUUCUCGUGGUGGCCCCCAGCUUCUUCGCAGACACCUUAAAAGAUAGCUGGGUUGGGGUAGCAAUAUGUCUAAUAAUCGGUUGUUAUCUGCUGCAAGAGCACAUCAGGGUGUCCGGUGGAUUUAGAAAUUCCUUCACACAACCCCAUGGGAUAUCAAACACUGUUGGCAUUAUCCUCUUGCUAGUGUAUCCUCUCUGGGCACUUGUUCUCAAGUUCGUCUAGGCUUUACUGCCCCCAGUAAGUGAGCCGUCUUUUGAUCCGGAACUUGUGGAGAUUCAAUCAUUAUUUCGUUUUACGUCUUGCUUUUUGUAAUUGUUUUUUGGACGAACCAAUUCAUUGGCAGCAGCAAUAAUUUGCUUUGUUUGGUGAACUUUGUUUGUGAUUGCACCCAAUCAGAGCAAUAUAGAAAGUGUUCUCUUA